ACUAGCCUACUAGGGAAUCACGCCCGUUUGCUGUAAUUCAGGUAGCCCGAGCUGCGAACCAGGAUUUAUAGACCGAACUAGUUAUUGGGUUCUCGCAGAGGUUGCACGAAGAACUGAAAAUUGAAAUAUCAAAUGGUUUAAGGGAGAGUAAUCUUAGGGCAGAAGGGUUUAGGAGAGAGGUAAUGCUUUGAAAGGUUGAGGUGCAAAUUGUGAAUCAGCUGCCAUGGUUUCCCUUUCGACUUUGUGCCGAUACCUGCGCUACAAAAUCGAAUACUCCGUCGAAGUUAGCAUGAAGGGCUAUCGGAGAGGUCAAAUCAGUGACAUAGAAGUUGGUGAUGCGAUUUGGAAAAAUAUAUUCCAAGGAAAGUUGACGUUUAUGACUUGGAAUAAAGGAGAGGAAAUGACCCCUGCAAUAGCAGCACAGGGAGAAACUCUUCUCGUCCGGAAAUUACCUGCUGCAAAUCCAACGCAUGUUUUCAUUGGAGAUUUAGUGGUUUUGAAGGACCCUGAAAAGUCAAAUAAUUAUCUUGUCAGAAGAUUAGCUGCUACUGAAGGAUAUGAAAUGGCUUCUACUGAUGAAAAAGACGAACCUUUUGUUCUUGACAAGGAUGAGUGUUGGGUAUUGGCUGACAAUGACAAGCUGAAGCCCAAGGAAGCCUAUGACAGUCGAUUAUUUGGUCCAGUUUCUAUGUCAAGCAUAAUCGGCAGAGUUAUAUAUUGUCUAAGAACAGCGGUCGAUCAUGGUCCUAUCCAAAACAGUCCUUUCGGCAUGCAAAAGGAUUCCCCAAUAUUGGAAGUGGAACUGGAUGUUGAUGAGAUGGCGAGAAAGGGCAAAACUGAAACAUAAUCAUGUACUGCCCCGGCCAAUUUGGCAUUUGAAUGUACCAUGUUCCUUUUGGGAUGCCAAUAUCAUUUGAGAUUCAAUGGGAAAAAUAAAAGAUGAGAUCUUUCCGUUCAUCUGAUUUGAAGAGUUGGUGCAUCAGUUGGCUAGGUCUGUGGCAAUGAAUCAGGCUAAUGUGGUCUUUCUUCUGACUAAGGUGAUAGCAUGCAGCUGAGCGAAGUUUGAACUAAUACAUCAUUGCUUUGGAACUGUUAUGUUUUCUUACGUGCUCAUUCUGCCUACGAAAAUCGUAGUGUGUAGUGAUAUCUUAGAGAGAUAUCUACUUUAGUAUUACCUUAA